GUGUGGCCAAUGUUGGUUCUGUAAAGACACUUUCGUCUUCAUAUUUUGCUGUGAUAAACACUGUUUGACCAAACAUAUCUGUAUGUGCUAACUGACCUCGACAAUAAAGAAGUGAAUUCCUCCGUUUCGUGCCAGUCGCUCUCUGGAACUUUUACAAAGAAGAAAACCGAGCUUGAAAUCCAUUGUAUUUUUUUUUCUUUGUAGGGAACUUUGGACGAGAUCAUCUCUGGUCCGUUGCUAACAUGAAUCUGGGACUGCCGUUGAGACCUGGCUGUGAUGAAACACACCAGGUACCCCUGAGACUGAUAGUGAAAAAAGAGUACAUACAAGAAGAGGAAUACGGACAUAUGAUUACAUGCCAAGAUGAAGAAGAAAAGCCCAUUGCAGAUCUUCACUGUAAAACGGAAUCAGACUUCACAGAGUCACUAAGCUCCACUUAUAAUGAAACACUACAGACAACAGUGGAGGUUAAAGUGAAGAAAGAAGAGGAUGAGCAACAGCACAACGAUUGUCUUCUGGAAAGUGCAUCAGAAUAUCCAGAUGGAACACAGCAAAAGAUCCAUGGACAGAAUGAUGAACUCAACCAGCAACUCCAUGGAAGGCCGUACCACUGCACAGUCUGCAGGAAGAGUUUCACGGUUCUGGGAGAGCUCGAGGAACACCAGCAAACACACCCUCUUAGUGCUAAUCAAAAACAGAACACUGGUGCAUCAGAACAUCCAGAUGGAACCCAACAGAAGCUCCAUGGACAGAAUGAUGAACUCAACCAGCAACUCAAUGGAAGGCCGUACCACUGCACAGUCUGCAGGGAGAGUUUCACGGUCCUGAGAGAACUCGAGGAACACCAGCAAACACACACUCUUAGUGUUAAUCAAAAGCAGAACACUGGUGAGAAGCUUCAUAAAUGUGCUCAGUGUGGAAAAGCAUUUUCACACAUUUCAGGUCUUAAAAUCCACAUGCGAAUACACACUGGAGAGAAGCCUCAUAAAUGUGCCCAAUGCGGAAAAGCAUUUUCACGCGUUUCAUAUCUUAAAAAACAUAUACUAAUACACACUGGAGUGAAGCCUCUUAAAUGUGCUCAGUGUGGAAAAGCAUUUUCAUGCGUUUCACAUCUUAAACGACAUAUGCUAAUACACACUGGAGUGAAGCUUCAUAAAUGUGCCCAGUGUGGAAAAGCAUUUUCACAGAUUUCAUGUCUUAAAACCCAUAUGUUAAUACACACAGGAGAGAAGCCUCAUAAAUGUUCCCAGUGUGGAAAAGCAUUUUCACAGAUUUCAAGUCUUAAAACCCACAUGUUAAUACACACAGGAGAGAAGCCUCAUAAAUGUGCCCAGUGUGGAAAAGCAUUUACAUGUUCCUCAAAUCUUCAAAGGCAUAGAGUAAUACACACUGGACAGAAGCUUCAUGUAUGUGCCCAGUGUGGAAAAGCAUUUUCAUGCAUUUCAGAUCUUAAAACCCAUAUGUUAAUACACACUGGAGUGAAGUCUCAUAAAUGUGCCCAGUGUGGAAAAGCAUUUUCACAAGUUUCAGGUCUUAAAAUCCACAUGCGAAUACACACUGGAGAGAAGCCUCAUAAAUGUGCCCAGUGUGGAAAAGCAUUUUACCAAGUUUCAGAUCUUAAAAUCCACAUGCGAAUACACACUGGAGAGAAGCCUCAUAAAUGUGCCCAGUGUGGAAAAUCAUUUUCACAGAUUUCAGGUCUUAAAACCCAUAUGUUAAUACACACUGGAGUGAAGCCUCAUAAAUGUGCCCAGUGUGGAAAAGCAUUUUCACACGUUUCAGUUCUUAAAGUCCACAUGCGAACACACUCUGGGGAGAAGCCAUAUGCAUGUGUAGAGUGUGGAAAAGCAUACACUAGGUCAUCAGGUCUGAAAUGCCAUCAGCGUUUGCACAGUGAAGAAAAGGCCACGUAAAUGCUUGAAUUCUGAAGUCUGAAGUUUGCAGUUGUCAAAUGCAUAUGUUGAUACUCAUGCCAGUGUGGAAAAACUUCUAAACAAGCUGGGUCUUUAAAACGUCACCUGAUAGUACAUGGCAGUGAAGGUCUACAUAAAUGUGCCUGACCUCUUGUAUGUUUACAAUAUGUAAAGGCAUUUUCAGUGGCAUUUUCACAUGCAAAUACAUACUAUGUGGGAAAACAUUUACAAGGUCUUCAACUCUCUCUGUGUAUGUGUGUGUGUGUGUGUUUGUGUGUCUGUGGAAGAGAAGACUGGAGAGAAGCCUCAUGAAGGUGCCCAGUGUGGGGGAAACACACACUCAGAUAGAGUAGGAACAACCUCUACAACUCUUUAGAAACACGUAGUGGAGAGACGCCUCAUGAAUGCAUUGAGUGCAUAAAAGCAUUUGUACGCCAUAUUGGUCUGAAAAAGAAUAUGCUUUUACAUAAUAACUCUGUGAUAAAGAAUUCAGAUACAGAUCAAGCCUUAUUGUGCAUGAAUUUAGAGGUACAAGAAAACACUCAUAUAUUUUCUCAUGCACACACACACACACACACACACACACACACACAAAGGCAGCAGAGAACAGGCUUAUUA